AAAAAAGGAACUGAGCCUGAAGAAGGAAAAGAAAGAAGGAAAUUGGAAAUAUUAAAAAAAAAAAAAAAAAAAAAGAAGAAAGAAGAGAGAAAGGAAAGAAAAAGAGAAGAGAGGAAAAACGCGUUUCUCUCAAAAGAGCACAUUGCUGAAUCCUUUCUGUUAACAGACACAAAAUUAGGGUUCGGGUUUUUCCCCAAAAACACUCCCUCUCUUUACUCUGCGACUAGUGAAAUAGAAGGGUUUAGGGUUUUGGAGACCCUUGUGAGGGGGUUAUAAAAUGGGUUCCAUUUGUUUUUCUUCUUCAGUUAUCAAAUGGUACUCUUUUCACAAUUUGAAGCUGUUAUUUGUCUUUUGGAUCCUCACUUCUUCACUGAAUGGAGUAGUUUUGGGUGAUUCCGACAAAUCGGUGCUGUUGGAGUUCAAGAACUCGGUGUCUGAUCCCUCAGGACUGCUCUCUCGCUGGAAUCUCAUCAACCCCAACCACUGCUCCUGGCCUGGUGUGUCCUGUGACAAGGACUCGCGUGUCGUGUCCCUCAACAUCACGGGUCACUGCAACAACAGAGGUAAGAACAGUGAAAAUAGAAGAUGUUUCUUUUGCUCUGGUUCUGUUCACUAUCCAUUGUAUGGGUUUGGAAUUAGGCGAGACUGUCAGGGUGGUAAUGGUAUUUUGGUGGGCAAAUUGAUACCUGCGAUUGCCAUGUUAACUGAACUUAGGGUUUUAUCGUUGCCCUUUAAUGGUUUUAGCGGGGAGAUACCUGGUGAAAUAUGGGGCAUGCAGAAGUUAGAGGUUCUUGAUCUGGAGGGCAACACAGUAACUGGUUCAUUGCCAUUUUCCUUUACUGGAUUACGAAACUUGCGAGUUUUAAAUUUAGGAUUUAACGACAUAGUAGGAGAAAUACCGAGCUCACUUUCUUAUUGUACAAAUUUGGAGAUCCUAAAUUUAGCUGGUAAUAGCAUUAAUGGUACAAUCCCUGCGUUUGUUGGUGGUUUUAGGGGCGUGUAUUUGUCCUUAAACAAACUUGGUGGGGCGGUUCCUAGAGAAAUUGGAGACAAUUGUGAGACACUUGAACACUUGGAUUUAUCAGGAAAUUUCUUUGUUGGAGGGAUUCCUGGUAGUCUAGGGAAUUGCGGUAACAUGAGGACAUUGCUUCUGUACUCAAAUUUGUUCGAAGAAGUGAUUCCAUCUGAACUUGGCAUGCUCAGAAAGCUUGAAGUGUUGGAUGUGUCAAGAAAUAGUCUUAGUGGGUCAAUACCUCAUGAGCUUGGGAAUUGCUCUGGAUUGUCUGUGCUUGUGCUUUCAAAUGUUUUUGAUCCAUAUCAGGAUGUUAACAGUUAUAGAAGGGACCAUUUGUCAGAUCAGUUGAGUUCUGCAAAUGAAGAUUUUAAUUUUUUUCAUGGGGAAAUACCUGUGGAAAUUGCGACUCUUCCAAAUCUGAGGAUGUUGUGGGCGCCAAGUGCAACUCUAGAGGGCAGCUUGCCAAGUAACUGGGGUGCUUGUGAGAAAUUGGAGAUGAUCAAUUUGGCCUCUAACUUUUUCAGCGGAGAAAUUCCCCAUGAGUUCAUUCGCUGCAAUAAGUUGUGGCAUCUGGAAUUGAGUUACAAUAAGCUCAAUGGGCAGCUUGUUGAGGAGCUUCCAGUUCCUUGCAUGACUGUGUUUGAUGUUAGUGGAAAUUCCCUGUCUGGUUCAAUCCCUAGUUUCUACAAUGGAAGUUGCCAGUCAGUUCCUUCCAUUUAUGGAUAUCCCUCUGGCAUCUAUGAUCCAUCAUCUGCUUAUCUAUCUUUUUUUGCAAAUAAAGCCAAGUCUGGAAGACCUGUACUGUCAGUAGAGAGAGAUGGGGAAAUUGCAAUCCUUCAUAACUUUGGGGGCAACAACUUUUCUGGUAGUCUUCACUCUAUGCCAAUUGCACCUGUAAGAUUAGGGAAGCAAACUACUUAUGCAUUUUUAGCCGGAGGAAACAAGCUGACUGGGCCAUUCCCAGGGAUUUUGUUUGAUAAGUGCAGUGAAUUGGACAAAUUUAUUCUUAAUGUUAGCAACAAUAUAAUGGCUGGUCAGAUUCCAGCUGAUAUCAGUGCGAAAUGCAGAUCUCUCAAACUUCUGGAUGUGUCUAAUAAUCAUAUUGUUGAUUUCAUUCCCCCAAGUGUUGGUGAAAUGGUGUCCCUUGUUUCUCUUAACUUGAGUUGGAAUUUUUUGCAAGGUCAGAUUCCCACCAGUAUCAGCCAAAUAAAGGGCCUGAAGUAUCUUUCCUUGGCCGGUAAUAAAAUGAAUGGUUCUAUCCCCUAUAGCUUGGGUGAGUCAUGGUCUUUAGAGGUACUGGAUCUUUCUUCAAACAUGCUCUCUGGAGAGAUUCCAAAGAGUCUUGUGAACUUGAAAAACCUUACUGCUCUUCUGCUCAAUGACAAUAAACUUUCUGGGCAGAUUCCAUCUGGUUUGGCAAAUGUGACUAUGCUCUCAGCAUUCAAUGUGUCCUUCAACAACUUAUCUGGGCCCCUUCCAUUUGGUAACAAUUUGAUGAAAUGUAGUAGUGUUCUUGGAAACCCUUAUCUACGCCCUUGUCAUGUUUUUUCCCUAACGGCACCAACUCCAGAUCCAGGAAGUGCUACUGUAGCCCAAGGCAACGCCCUUUCACCACCAAGUCAGAGCCGAAAGAGUGGGAACAAUGGUUUCAAUUCAAUUGAGAUAGCAUCUAUAGCAUCUGCAUCAGCCAUUGUUUCAGUUCUCUUAGCUUUGAUUGUCCUAUUCAUCUAUACCAGAAAGUGGAGCCCAAAGUCUAAGAUUAUGGCAUCGACCAGAAAGGAAGUAACAAUCUUUACAGACAUUGGGGUCCCCUUGACAUUUGAGAAUGUUGUGCGCAUCACUGGGAGCUUCAAUGCAAGCAACUGCAUUGGCAAUGGUGGAUUUGGGGCUACUUACAAGGCAGAGAUAUCUCCUGGAGUUCUAGUGGCAAUCAAACGGCUUGCUGUUGGACGAUUCCAGGGUGUUCAGCAGUUCCAUGCUGAAAUUAAAACCCUGGGGAGGCUUCGCCAUCCAAAUCUUGUUACAUUGAUUGGUUAUCAUGCCAGUGAAACAGAAAUGUUCCUCAUAUAUAAUUAUUUACCUGGCGGUAAUUUGGAAAAGUUUAUCCAGGAAAGGUCCACCAGGGCUGUGGAUUGGAGGAUACUUCACAAGAUUGCUUUGGACAUAGCUCGAGCGCUUGCAUACCUGCAUGAUCAGUGUGUGCCUCGUGUACUUCAUCGGGAUGUCAAGCCAAGCAAUAUCCUUCUAGACGAUGAUUUUAAUGCCUAUUUAUCUGACUUCGGUUUGGCUAGGCUUUUGGGAACUUCUGAAACCCAUGCUACUACAGGUGUGGCUGGAACAUUCGGUUAUGUAGCCCCAGAAUAUGCAAUGACUUGCCGUGUUUCAGACAAGGCUGAUGUUUACAGUUACGGGGUUGUGCUUCUAGAGUUAUUAUCUGAUAAGAAAGCUUUGGAUCCAUCAUUUUCAUCAUAUGGAAAUGGUUUCAACAUUGUUGCAUGGGCGUGCAUGCUCCUAAAGCAGGGCCGGGCAAAGGAGUUCUUUACUGCUGGCCUGUGGGAUGCAGGUCCCCAUGACGAUCUGGUUGAAGUCUUACACCUAGCAGUUGUGUGUACAGUCGACUCUCUCUCUACCAGACCCACAAUGAAGCAAGUUGUGAGGCGGUUGAAGCAACUUCAACCGCCCUCAUGCUAGUUGCCUGAGAAGCUUGUGAGGAUGGCUAUGUUCUGCUCACAGAGGUUCGUGUCUCUCCGCAUUUGUUUGAUCCUGCAUUGCAACAAAUGAAUAAAGAAACAAGAGCUCAGCAAAACUGUCCUGUGAAUUGCGUGCUAGCAUUUAUUGUGGGAAGCCAGUGCAAUCUGUCAAGACAAAAUAAUUGUUCUUUGCAUUGACAAAGAAUGAGAAUACUGGAUCAUAAUUCUUACUGAGCUGUCAGACACUAUCAUCAGGAUGAUUCGCUGCAUAAUACCUUCAGCUGCUCCAUUGAAGGUCAGCACCAAAUAGCUUAACUACAAGCAUAUUUUCUGCUUUCAGCUUGAUAGCUUAUUGAUGCUGUAAGUAUACUCUUCAUGCACGGAACAUGCUAGCAAUUCAUCUUCCUACUUGCAGAUCAAGAUCCCUUGCUGCCAAGCAGUCUCCUACUUCAAUACCCAUGCAAAGGAAUUAGGUGGACAAUGUGAGUCUAAAUGUUGGUGUUAACAUUUUGCCUCCCAUGAGAUUGAGAGAAAACCAUUCAAGUUGAGAUUGAGAUUGAGAAAUUGAAAACUAAUUGAGAACACUCGGGUUUUCUAUGCCAAACGGAAGAAUGAUAGCUUUCUUUCAAGUAUAGUCUACAAGAAUUAUCCAACAGCAAAGCAUUCACAGGAUGCUAAAAGCUACUCACAGACCGCAGAACUUACUGGUCAGCUGAAUGAUAUUAAUAAGCAGAACCCCUGAAAGACGCAGCUCAUUCAAGAAAAACGACAACCACAAAUCAACAUAUGUGUUACCUUGAACUGGCUGGCUCUCGGAUUCCGACCCAGAUGACCAUAAAACCACUGCCAUAAUCUCUUGGUGGGCAAAUGAAAUCUGUAACUGAAGCUGAUCUAGUGAGCUUCUCAGCUCUUGGGUGUACACCAAAUUUGCCCUUCAACAAUAGUCCAAAACCGUAGUUCAACAUCUUCCCCUGUUUCUUCACAAACCUUGUGGUUGAAAUGAUUCCCAGGCAUGAAUCUUUGCAAUAAAAUCUUUAGGGAAAUUACUGCUCAUAGACGUGCUGAUGGGGAUAUUGUGAGGUUUCUGUGGCUGCGCCAUUCUUUUCAUUUUAUAUAAAUUGUUAAUAGUAAAUAGUAAUAUGAAAUUAGCAUGUUGUGUUCCCACCAACUGCUGCUACUAAAAAUCUCUCCCCAUUUC